AUGCCUUCCAAGAAGCCAAACAUUGGCAACCUGCUUGCCCUCUUGGAGGUGUUCCUGGCCCUCCAGCCGGACAUCCUUCCAGGAGGGACGGCGACUGUCGCAGAGCUGGACUUUGCUGAGAAAAACUCCCCCAUCAAGGGGGAGGAUGUUAAGCCGGGCCCAUGGCCUGGUUUAACAUCAUCCUCCUCAGUAGAGGCCAGUCCUGCUUCAGUCGCCGGAGCACCCUCGUUUCCUCCCAUCCAUUGCCGCCGCCUUCUCGGCCGUCUCGGCCAUGAAUACGACUUCCCCUGGUCCCCGUUGUGGUUUUUGGGCUUUUUAUCUUAG